CCUCUAGAAUGGGCUUUCGAGAUGAGGCGGCUGGGUAUUUUCAUAAAGCAGUGAAGCUCAACCCUGAUUUCAGUGAUGCAAAGGAGAACUUCUAUCGUGUUGCAAACUGGCUGGUGGAGCGCUGGCACUUCAUCAUGCUCAAUGACACCAAGAGGAACAGGAUUUACAAUGCAGCAAUCCAGAAGGCAGUGAGCUUGGGGUCCAAGAGUGUCUUGGAUAUUGGCACAGGAACUGGAAUACUGAGCAUGUUUGCUAAAAAAGCCGGUGCACACUCAGUGUAUGCCUGCGAGUUAUCCAAGACCAUGUAUGAGCUUGCCUGUGAUGUUGUGACUGCAAACAAGAUGGAAACUGGAAUUAAGCUCCUACACAUGAAGUCACUUGACAUAGAAAUUCCAAAACACAUUCCUGAAAGAGUGUCCCUAGUUGUAACAGAAACUGUCGAUGCAGGUGUGUUUGGAGAAGGAAUUGUGGAGAGUUUAAUUCAUGCAUGGGAGCAUUUGCUUCUGCAACCAAAGACCAAAGGAGCAAAUGGAAGUUGUGGACAGUAUGGGAGAGUUAUACCAGCAAGUGUUGCUAUAUUUGGGAUGGCAGUAGAGUGUUCAGAGAUACGAAGACAUCAUAGGGUGGGCACCAAGGACAUUGCUGGUGUCCGUUUGCCAGCAAGUGUGAAAUUUCAGAGCUCGGCCUCCUCUUCUGCAGAAACUGGAGAAGCAGUUGAACCGUAUACAACUGAGAAGAUGAGUCGGAUCCCUGGAGGGUAUUUGCCUCUGACAGAGUGCUUUGAAAUUAUGAAAGUGGAUUUCAACAGUCUUCAGGAAUUAAAGAGUCUUGCAACUAAAGAGCCACACCCCCUCAGUGUUCCUGCUAUUAAAGAAGGCAUGCUGGAUGCUGUCAUGGUUUGGUUUGUUCUCCAGCUCGAUGACGAAUACAGUCUGUCCACAAGUCCUGGGGAGGAAACCUGUUGGGAACAGGCUGUUUAUCCAGUUCAGGCCCUUGCAGGGAUCUGA